GUUCUGUUUCAUCAGCGAGUUCAUUGUGAAUAUAUACAGGACAAAGAAGAAGCAACGCAGCACAAUUUUGUGUUUUGGUAAAAAUUUGUUAAUUUUAAUUGUAAAAUGGCCACGGCAUUGAAAAGGCCGCAUUCCUUAACGGAAACGAUCGAGAUUGGUUCGAAGCCUCAGAAAAAAAUUCGCAUUCAAACAACAGCUAAGGUUAAUAAGAGCAGCCAUAUAUUGCAAAUUUUGGCAGCAUUGGAGGGAGUUCCUCUCGGUCACGGUCAGCAAGGCAGCAAGGAUCUACUCGAAGUAUUGGUGAAGAUAGCAGAUGAGCUUGUAUUGGAUGAUGCACAAAUUGCUGAAUCACAAGAUGUCAUACACCGUCUAAUGGAAAUAUUCCGCCAAGAGCGGGAUGGUGACACCACUGUCCGUGUGAAAAUCCUCGGUUUACUUGCCGAUUUUUCCGAUGUACGAAUACCUGAGGUGGUCAACGCUUUAGUCGAUGGCAUCAUUGGAAUAUUAAAACAUGAGAGGUCACAAAAAGUUAUUGCACAAGGCUUAUAUGGUUUGCACAAGAUUGGCAUACAAAAUAUAAAACUCUUACCGUCAACGCAUGUCACAAAAAUUGCCCACUUUGCGCAACAGCAGCUCACAUCAGAAUCCUACCAUACACAUAAAUAUGCUUUGUUGGUACUGUCAGCUUUUGUAACACUAAAUGAUGCCCGAAAAGGUGUAAUGGAUUUAAUAGGACAUUAUGCAGAUUCACAAGAUUCGGGAGUACGUGCGCAGGCAUUGAGAUCUAUAUUAUGUCUAGGCGAGCGCGGCGCAACUCUAUCACCCACACUUUACCAACGUGCUGUAGAAGCUAUGAAAGACGAUUAUGAAUGCGUACGGAAAGAGGCUCUGCAAUUAGUAUUCCAACUGGGCAUAAGUCAUCCCGACCACAUGAUACCUGGUGAAGGGGAGGAAGACGAGGAAAUACGCCUGAUCGAUGCCGCAUUUGGUAAAGUCUGUGGAGCACUCUGCGACCUUUCUAUACAGAUACGUACACAAGCUGCAGAGCACUUAGGUCUUAUGACGCAAGUCAGUUCAGAGUUUUUGCAUCAGACUUUGGAUAAAAAAUUAAUGAGUAAUUUACGUCGAAAGAAAACGGCUCAUGAACGUGGUGCACAAUUAGUGGCGAGUGGUGAAUGGUCGACUGGGAAACGGUGGGCUGAUGACGCACCGCAGGAACGACUUGAUUCUAAAUCUAUAUCGCUUGUAGCCAGUGGGGCUUGUGGGGCGCUAGUGCAUGGGUUAGAGGAUGAAUUUUUAGAAGUGCGUACAGCUGCAGUGGAUUCAAUGUGCAAAUUGGCUUUAUGCAACCCAGAUUUCGCAGUAACAUGUCUGGAUUUUCUAGUAGAUAUGUUCAACGAUGAAAUCGAAGAUGUACGCCUGAAAGCAAUUUAUAGCCUUACCGCCAUAGCGCGCCAUAUUGUGUUACGCGAGGAUCAACUAGAAAUAAUGCUGAGUUCAUUGGAAGACUAUUCAGUCGAUGUACGCGAGGGAUUGCACUUGAUGUUGGGAGCUUGUCGUGUUUCCACACAGGCAUGCCUUCUGAUGGUUGUGCAAAAAUUGCUUGAUGUGCUUUCCAAAUAUCCUCAAGACAAGAACUCUACUUUCGGUUGUAUGCGCAAAAUUGGGCAGAAGCAUCCCGACCUCUGCAUGGCCGUCACAUCUCACCUCCUGCAAGAUCAUCCGUUUUUUGACAGCGCAGAACGUGACGUAGAAGACCCCGCCUACCUUUGUAUACUGAUUUUACUUUUCAACGCCGCAGAGCACUUAGUGCCGUUAAUAAGUUUGUUUCCAGAUGUAACACUGAAACACUAUGCGUAUCUUCGCGACGCUAUGCCCCAAAUCGUACCUCAAUUACCCAUUGAAGGUGCUUCCACUACGAAACCCAUCAACCCUUUAAAAGGCGCACAGAGUUCUCGAGAGUACUUAAAUACAAUACUACAACAUAUACACGAUGUUUUUAGUAUAGUUCGCGAUCGAGUUCCAUUGUUGAAGACAGCCCAGAGCAAUUUGCAACGUCUAGGUGCAAUCGAUCCGGAAAUGUUCGGUACUGCAAAUUUUUUGGAAACAUACUUGGCGGGGCAAAUACAAUUAGAUCAGCUUCAAAGCUGCACAAAUACGCAGCGCAGUCGCGCACCACUAAAAGAGUCAUUAGCGCAACUGAUACGUAAUUGCCUUAAAUUGCAACACAUCUUCUCUGGGCUCACAUAUGGUGACAUGUUACUUGUAAAGCAAAUUUGCUUGCGCGCUUGUGCACUGCAUCUUGUGCUUAUUGUACGGGAUCGCUCUCAAAGUGCACUUGGCCCCUGUCAGAUGCUACUUCAAACAGCUGCAGACAUCAGCAACUUCCUAGAUGACAAGGAAGAGUUCCAACCAGAUCCAUUUACAACAUCAUUGCUUACGCAGUUAAGUAACAUUUCGGAUCCAAAGCCCGGAAGAGUAUUUCGCGAAAUUUUGCCGCUAGUACAAAGAGCUUCGCCCGUGCGUAUGCCUCCGGCGAAUGUCAACAUACGUAUGUGUGUAGCACGAAUUAUUGAGCCAUGUGCACAAAUGGCACAGGACAAUGUCAUUAAAGUAACUGCUGGAUUAAUUGCAGCGCUUCCUUUUGUUGCGGAAUUUGACAAUUUACAAGAAACUCAAAAACAAGAAAUGCGUAUUAAAAUUAAAUAUCCUGAUCAACAUGUUCACACGGUGGUGCCAAAGUUGUCUGACUUCAAGAAAAUUAUGACCGAGCAGGGCGAGCACGAAACUAGCAUGCGAUUGCGUACUACUAUUUUGCUCUCGCAUAGCGUCUGGACAGAGGCAUCGUCAGUCGACAUUACGUUGUGCUUAUCUGUGAGGCCGGGUACUGAGUUAGAGUUGUGUAAACCCGCGAAAAUACUAUUCGCACCAAAACCAGUUCGACGUGGCAUAUAAGAUGGUAAUAGAAACAGUUUUGUCAUGCAUGUAUGUAUGGAUGUAUAUAUGCACCAAUGUAUGUAUGUAUAAUCUCGAUAAGAAAUUUAAAGUAAAUUACAUACCAAUUUGUGUAUUAGAAAUAAAUGUAGAUGAUCUGUAUUGACGAAAAAGUGAGACAUAUAUUUUCCAUAAACAAUAAAAAUAAUGUAUUAA